UCAGUCUCUUUAGAAACUUCUCCAGGGGGAAAGUGUUGGGAGAUCUACAAAGUGGAAUUCUUUUCUUUUUCCUCUUUUCCUCCUUUGCUCUCUUUGUCAAAGAGACUUUGUAAAAAACCCUUCAACAGAAAACCUCUUUGUUGUUUUUAACCCAAUCUAGGAAAAGGAGGGUUUUGGGGUUUUUUUUUUAAACCAAAAAAAAAAUGCAGCCAGUCCCAAGCUAAAAUCUCUUCUUGACAAAGCUCAGCUUUACCUGCUUUAGUGCUACUCCAGACUUUUUUUUUAAAUUUGCUGCAGAUCAUAUCAGGACAGUCGAAAAGAAGGUUGUUCAGUUCUUCGGUUCCUCCCCAGCCUCUUGCAGACUUUGCUUUUUAGUGGGGCGUGUGGAUUAUUUUAUACUUCUUUGUGCAGCCUCGCCAAAGCUACUCUUGCUCUUUAAAUUUUUUUUUAUAAAAAAAAACCUUUUCUGGUGACUUUUUUUUUCCCCCUUUUUUGAAAAUUACCAACCUGUUGCAUCUGUAGUUCUUGCAACUGUCAGCUGCAGACAAACCUGUGAUAGCUUGUUUCUUUUAUAACAAUCUUAGGUGUUCUUUUUCCAACAUUCUGAUUAAGCCUCUUUUGGAAUCUUAAAGGAGAAGAGACUUUUUUUUUUUCCUGUCUUCCUUUUUUUGGUCUCCAAAAAAAAGAACUUUGUUUUGCCUUUCACAACUCCUGCACCGGUGCGCCUGACAAGAAAGAGCCUUGAAGAUGUUCCUGAUGCAGGCGCUGCUCGUGUCCCUGUGCCUGGGGCUUUCUCAGGGCUUGGGUUCCUUUGUACACUGUGAACCUUGUGACGAGAAAGCCCUCUCCAUGUGCCCUCCCAGCCCUGUGGGCUGCGAGCUGGUGAAGGAGCCCGGUUGUGGAUGCUGCAUGACAUGCGCCCUGGCUGAAGGGCAGUCCUGUGGGGUGUACACAGAGCGAUGCGCCCAAGGCUUGCGCUGCCUGCCGCGUCAAGGCGAGGAGAAACCCUUGCACGCCCUGCUCCAUGGCAGAGGCGUCUGCCUCAAUGAAAAGAGCUACCGAGAGCAAGCUAAGAAUGAAAGGGAAUCCCGGGAGCACGAAGACCCGACCACUUCUGAGAUGGCUGAGGAGACCUAUUCAUCCAAAAUGUAUAGAAACAAGGGGCUCGGGCGCUACUCUGAACUAAAGGCAGAGGCAGUGAAGAAAGACCGCAAGAAGAAAUUGACCUUAUCUAAGAUUGUGGGUGGGGCAGAAAAUACUGCACACCCUCGAGUUGCUGCUCCGGAGCUAAGACCAGAGUUCGAAUUGGGCCCUUGCCGUCGGCAAAUGGAGGCGUCGUUACAGGAGCUCAAAUCUAGCCAGCGAAUGAUCCCUCGAGCUGUUCAUCUUCCCAACUGUGACAGGAAAGGUUUCUAUAAAAGGAAACAGUGCAAACCAUCUCGGGGCCGAAAACGUGGCCUGUGCUGGUGUGUGGACAAGUAUGGAUUGAAGCUUCCAGGAACUGAUUAUGUAGCUGGAGACCUGCAGUGUCACAACUUUGACAGCGGAAACACAGAAUGAAGAUCCCGGUUGCCUCUCUCUGCCAGAGCCCUUCCCCCACCCAUUACCCACCCACACCUCACGAUGCCCCAAAAGACUGAUUCCUUUCAUCUCAUUUAAGGAACUGUGGACCUCGGAAUCUACAGCAUAUGUCAUCAGCUUCUCUCAGUGGCAAUGACAGAGACUGAAGGAGAAAAGGCAACCCAUUAAGGCGGAAGGGAAGGGAAGGGAAGGGAAGGGAAGGGAAGGGAAGGGAAGGGAAGGAAGGAAGGAAGGAAGGAAGGAAAGAAGGAAGGAAGGAAGGAAGGAAGGAAGGAAGGAAGGAAGGAAGGAAGGAAGAUGACCAUGAUGACCACCUCCAUGGGACAGGGCCAUCAAGAAGCUCAUAGACCACCAUGCUUGCCCUUGACUCUAGCCUGCCACCCAGAGAAGCACUGACCUAGGAAGCUCUCAGAGGCACUUGAAUGAUAAUUUCUUUUUUCCUUUCUUUGAUAUUGCAGUUUAAAGCCUUUCCAGUUUAAAAAAAGUACUUAGUUUAAACAAACAAUUCUUAGGACAAGCAGGCUUCUCCUUAUCUAUUAUCUAUUUGGGCAUGUUUUUCUUUCUUUCUUUCUUUCUUCUUUUUUUUUAAAAAAAUGUUCAUUUCUGGAACCUCUUCUCUCUUUCCCCUAACAAGGACUAAAAGCGUGUUGGUGCCCUUGCCCUCUAUGACUUUCCUUUUAUUAAAAAGCAAAAGGUCAGAUGACAACAGAAUCCUAUAGUGGGAUGAAGCAAAAUUAAGAAUUAAAAACUUACUGUUCCCAGUGAGUUUCUUUCCCAGGACAGCAAAAGGGUUCAACCUGAUUAUUUAAAGUGUUUUGUACAGUCCUUUCCUAUGUAAAUACAGAUGCGUGCACAGAUGUUUACUCUUUGUUCUCGAUUGAACAAUCCCAUUUCCUUCCAUGCAAAGCCCUUUGAUUUUAAUUGUGCAUGAAGGCCCCGCAACUUGUUCAGGGCUACUUGCGUAAGUCAAAGGUGUUCAGAGUCGUGUAUUUGCAGGAACAGUGCCCAAGUUGAAACAUGGUUCGCCAGACAUCUUGCAGGCACUUAAAGCCUGAGACGUUUGUUGCUUCUAUAAACACACCUGUGGAUUUCCACCUUCUGACAGGCUUAAACAGUAAGAUCCCUUUGCCUUUUUGUUUUUGUUUUUAACUCUGGAAGGACACCUGAUUCUUCACUACGAGAUCCCAAAUGUCCUUUACAAUGAAAAUUCCAAGAGGCUGGUUGAUGCUUCAUAAAAUUUACCCAUACUAAAAAUGUAAACACGAUCUGUAAUAAGGGCAACGUUUUACCAUUUCCCCAUAUCUACAACAUUCAGAGAAGUCUCUGUCGGCAGAGGCCUUUACAAUUUCAAAGCCUACUUGAGUGGCUGGCUGAAAAGAGGUUAUCCCUUUUCCCCCCUGCCUCUCUCUCUCUCUCUCUCUCUCCUGACAGAACUUCGGCAUCUCUAACAGCUGCUUAGUAAGCAGAAAUUCAACAGUGAAGAUUUGACCUACUACACUAAUGUGUUAUUUGUCCUGGGGAGAAGCUGCACCUAUUUAAUUUUGACAGUGCCCCACUGUGGAAAACCUAGGGACCCUGUCAGGAAAGGAAGAGAAACCAAACCCAUACAACCACUUGUAGAGACCAUUGAUUCAACAGCUUUGGCAUUCAGGCUCGGGCAGACCACUAAAGCCUUUUAAUUUCUUUGUAAUUAUAAUUGUUGCUUUAAUUCUUUGUUAUGUUUCCAUGGACGCUGCCAUAACAAGGUUGUUGUUGUUUUUCCCCCAAUGCCCAUAACAAUGAAUGAAAGGCAAGGCCACAACAAGAAGGAACAGCUCCCAUUCUGAUUGUGGGAUGAAUCCUUGAAAUAGCAGCCGGCAAGAAAUAUUGGCCCACCAUGAUCUAACUAGCCAAUAUAAGACAGUCCUGAAUAUAUUUCCCUUCCGAGAGAGGACUCUAAAGGACUUGAGGAUCUUGCUGGGGCUGACUGCAAGCACUUCCAAGCCAAGUCCUGAUCAGAAGCAUGGAGAAAAAAAGCUGGCUUCCUAGGAGCAGGAACAACAAGCUCACAACUGUCCAGCAUCCGGAAAGGGUGCUACUGAUGGGAGAACCAGAAGGACACCCAUGAUGCACAGUACUCACAGCUAACAUGGAUGAAAGGAAAGGAGAAACCCUCCUGACAGGAUUGGCUAUUGCAUCCAAGUGACUGUGGUGGGUUUUGCUUCUUCGCCACUAAUAUUCAACUCGGUUCAAAACCUACAUUGGAAGGCUAAUGAAUAUCUGGCAUUAGCAGGGAUAUGGGAAUUGAUAAGAAAAAAUUGGGAUAUUUGGGCUCACUAUGAAAGCAGAAGGUAGAUGGGCAAAAUCCUCUCCUUAUAAGGAUGGAUGCAAACACUUAUUUCUUCAGUAGGUAUACCUGUUUGAAGUCUGAUGAGCUGUUGGUUACUAUCAACCAUGAAAGAAAAAUUCGGCUCAAUCCAUUUGUCCCACAUCUUGAUAUCUGAUCCAAUUAUUUGUUAUUUCCAGAAAUUGUCCUCUUCCCUGGGCUUUGGCAGCAGUGGUUUCAUAGCUAUUCUUCUAAGAGUUGAGGCUCAGCCUACCAUGAGCGUUCAUACAAACAAAUGGUUGAACUGUACUUUUGAUUGAAAUAUUUGCUACUGUGACAGCUGGAUCCAAGUACUUUCCCCCUUCCCGUCCUGCUUUAGGAAGAGGAAAAUAUGCCUAAGUUUACUAUCUCCACUGGGCUGGUAGCUGGUUGAAUUGUUUCUGUCCUCUUCUGUUUUAAGGAAGCCCUGAAGUAUUCUGCUGGUUCUAUAAUUAGUCAAAAGCCUAAACCUUCCUUUCAAAUUCUAUAAUAGAUAAGAUGCUAGAGACCACUAAUGCUAAGUAAUGACGGUGUAGCUCAUUUAGAAAUUCUGCGCCAGCUUCUCCAACUUGGCAACUCUCAAAAGUAUUGCGACAGUGAUCCUCAAAACCCCCAGGGAAAAGCUCUUCUGUUAGGAUGGCAUCAAUGGCAUCAAGUAGGAGAAGGUUGGUCUACAUAAUAAAUCCAGAAAUUGUAUGAAUGGACUUCUCUGUCCCAAGUAUAUGAGGCAUGAAAAGGGUACAUAUCAAUGUGAUGGUGACAGGAGGAAGAUUAUCUCUGCUGUUGGCAACUUGAGGCACUUUUUUUGCCAGCCUCUGUGGUAACUUAUGCCUAAGCAAGAGAUUUGUGUGUGAUUUAGAUUUUCUGUCAGGUCUUCUAAGCGGAGUUGGGAAGAGUUAAAUCCAAUCCCCAUCAAUUAUUGCUAAUCCAAGCCCUGAGGACAGAAUUUCUUUUCCAAUGAUAGCCAAAUGGCAGUCAGGGGUUUCUUCGGAAAAAUGGCCAGCGUUCCCAAUCGGGAUGACCUAAUAUUGCGAAAGCGUAAUUUGUCUUAGAAUUCCUUCAAAUGACCAAUCGCUGCCAUGAUUAUUCCUAUCUUUACUCUGGGCCUGACAUUUCCAGGGGAAAUUCAUGUAGAAAACCCCUUUGCCUUCCAUCCAUUAUAGCUAGGCUAGGCUAGGCUAGGCUAGGCUAGGCUAGGCUAGACUAGACUAACCAAAUGAGCCUUCUCAUGUGUGUCAUAUCUGCUAACUUCUGACGUUUGAUGGCGGAGGUUGAGUUUGGUCCCCUUUCGAAAGAAACUGUCCCUGCCUAAGGGUGGGUUGGAGCCUCUUUAUUUUCUAUAGGGCAGAGACUCUUUAACAAAACCAUUUGUCUCCAUGCACACAUGAUUGUUUUAAGAGAGAGAAAGUCUGAGGACUCUAAAAUCAAUACCCCUUUCUGUAAAGCUAGCAUUAAAGAAGAGAAGGUGAGGUAUAUACAUCUGCAGCAGGUACAUCUGCCUAGAACAUAAAGUGGGAGGAGAUGCACUAGGCACAUAAGAAAAAUAAGUGAGGCAAAUGUACAGGUCUUGCUGGGUUUCUAUUACUAUAAUAUAUUUUUGUUGUUUAGCUCUUUCCAAAGUAUCCUGACAACAAUAGCUUUCUAAGAGUGUCCAGAAUCCUACUAUGUGACUGAAUUUCCUAAGUUUCCUAGAAAGAGAAAUAGUUGUUAAUUUAGAAAGAAAUUUUUUUGUUAAGUGUCAGCCUGAGAUACAAAUUCAUCCUAAAUUACCUAAGACGAAAGAAUGUAACUCAAAUGCUUCUUCCUUCCUUCCCUAGUUUUAACUCAAACCUCGUUAUUUCCUUUUCCUCCCCGCCCCACCACUACCACCAUCCUUGAUAUGUGUCUGUUGUUUCCUGACACUUGAAAACAUUACCCUACCCAUAGAAAAUGCUAGCUUUUCUUCCUCUAUAAACAGACUUGAGGAAGGUCAUUGGUCUUCCUAUCCGUGAGACACAAAUUCUACUGUUAAGGGAAGUGACUGGGGGCGGGGGAAUAAUUUCCCCAUAUAACUGUUCCCUUGUCAGCCCCAAUGCAAUAUUUCUGGCACUGCUGUUUCAGAAACUCAUCAACUGCCUCCAAGGAUAGUCCCUUCAUCUUACUAUUUGGCUGACUGAGAUAAGAAAAAGAAACCAACCCAAGUGCAUUAGCUAGAGUAGAACCUCUCUUGCCUCUGUUAUUAUUUAAUCUUAACUUAAAUAGCCUGGAGGAUAGAUUCAACCCAUAGAAGUCUUCGCUGGAUUUCUUGCCCCAGCACUUAAAAUCUCACUAGAAAUGCAAUGGAGCUCCUUUUCUAAGCCAUCCCUGCAAGCUUUGAUUAUUUCAGGAAAGGUGAAUAAAGCAAAUUUGGGGAGGGGGAGUUCUUCCCCAUGAGGGCAGCUAUCCUGAGAAUUAACCUUUAUUCUUUCUCCCCCUACUAAUCUUCUUUACCUUCAAGUCCAGCCAUUUGGAAGAAGAUGAAAUUGCUUCGGGCAGUUGGUUCUGGGUAAAGAUCAUCCUUCUUUCUUUCCAGCAAAGGAGAGGUCUUUCUAGGUUUCCUGCCCAAGUUCCGAAAUAAUUUGAUCAGACCUGCCCUAUGUGGAGGAAAAGGGAAGCAAGUCACUUUGGCCAACAACCCUGCUGCUUUGAUUCCCAUCUUUAUUCUUGACCAAAGGGAGAAAACUCCCCUGAUUAUUUUUGUCCCCCAAUAAAUGACCCUCCUCCCAUCAGAGGAGCAAAUCACAAUGCGAGGAGGUAAGAAAAAUGAUAAAAGACAAAGCAGUGGGGGAAGCUCCCUUCAGAAGCAUAAACAAUGGAAGCGCGAAGGAGGCUUUGGAGGCACCGCAGGUAGUAAAUUCUGAGCUCCAAGAGAAUCAUCAGCCAGUUGGGAUUAGGAGCACACCUAGGCCUCUAACAGGCUUCUCCAACCUGAGGACUCUCCAGAUGUGCCUUAACAUUCUCCAAAAUAAUCCUAAGCCACCCUGGCCAGAUGUUAGGGUUCCAAGGCAUCUGGAAAGCACCAAGUCAGAGAAGGCUUCUCUAGAGAGUCACACUGCAGCUGAUAAUAUUCAAAGGCAGGCAGCUUCUAGAAUAGCCCAAACCUAUUUGCAGCCAGAGAUCCUUUGUCAGUGCUGUGGUGGACAGUUGUAUUUUGAAACCACUAGUUCAAAGAGGAGGACUGCACUAUUUCUCCACUCCAUCCCUCUCUUUCUCCUUCCUUCUUUCACUUUUAAUAGAGCCUAGAUAAAUUUACGCAGUUAGCCAGUUACCCCAGUUCCCAGCACCUCCCACUCUCUUCUUGUUAGGACUGCUUGGCUAAUGCCCCAAAACUUGAGUCCUUCCAUUUCCAACCUUGCCCUUCCAAUGCAAUGAUUACACCCCACAAUAGCACAGUGAACAGACAAGAUUCCGAGAUACCUGCCUGGUUUUGUUUUUUGAUUUUCAUUACACCAUUUAUUCACUACACAUUUUACAGUAGCUUUUAAUAGCUUUACAUACAUACUUACAGACAUACAUACAUACCUUAGUUCUGUGGCUGUUUUGUUUUUGUUUUCCUUUGCAGUAAACAAGAAUAUUCAUACUCUUACCAGUGGGGGGGAAAUGCAGUUUGUGAAGAAAAAAAAAACCUGACAAUGGAUGAGGAGUGUAAUGCUCUGUUUAGCAUUUUGUACUUAAAAAAAAAAGAAUCUCACAUUUUAUUAAAAGGUGAAGAUUGCUGUAUACUAUUUAUUCAACUUAUAAUUUAUGUUACUCUUUGAUCUUUGUCUUUUCUUAUGACAAAGCAUUUAUUUAAUAAAGUUAUGCAUUCAGUUAAGUCUGCGUGCAUGGCCUAAAACAA